AUGCUCUGUCGGCCAUCGUUAGGCAUAAGGCUCUACUCAAGCCUCCCUGCCACGUAUUACCAUCCUACCAUAUAUGCGUUGUCAACUUCCUUGGGCCAAAAGUCAGCAAUUGCGGUUCUUCGAAUCACUGGUAGCCAUACUAAGCAUAUCUUUCAGGAGUUGACAGCAUCCACAAAAACACCAAUCGAAAGAAGAGCUUCUUUGCGGAAUUUAUACGAUAAUAGCCAAGGGAAGAAGAACUUUUUAGACUCGUCGCUAGUUCUAUAUUUUGCGAACCCGAAAUCUUAUACAGGUGAAGAUAUGCUUGAAUUACAUCUUCACGGUGGUAGAGCGGUGGUCAAAAGUGUAUUGAAAGCCAUCGAAAGGAUGGGGAAUAUGCAAAGUGGGCGCGUCAUAAGGUAUGCAUUACCUGGCGAGUUCUCCCAACGGGCAUUUCAAAAUGGGCGCAUGGACCUGACGCAGGUUGAAGGUGUCGGAGAGUUGAUUGAUGCCGAAACAGAAACUCAGCGUCGAAGUGCAGUAUCCAGCAUGACCGGCCAAAACAAGCAAAUUUUUGAACGGUGGCGAGCAACCAUUGUUUCUAACAUCGCGCAGUUGACGGCGAUAAUCGACUUUGGUGAUGAUGCUGAAAUCGAAGACAUUGAUCAAAUUCUUCGGGCCGCAAGUCUCCAGAUGCGGGCGCUCCGAAAAGAAGUCGAGAGAUUCGUCCGCAAAGUUGAUCGAAGUGCCAUUCUUCAAAACGGUAUAAAAGUUGCAUUUUUAGGGUCACCGAAUGCUGGAAAAUCGUCUCUUUUAAACUGCAUUACCAACGAUGAUACUUCGAUUGUAAGCAACAUUCCAGGUACCACAAGAGAUAGUAUAGAUGUGCCCCUAGACAUCAACGGCUUCAAGGUAGUCCUUUGUGAUACGGCAGGGAUUAGAGAUACAACUGAAGACGAAAUAGAACAAGAAGGCAUCAAAAGAGCAAAAGCAAAGGCUUCACAAAGUGACUUGGCAAUAGUAGUUGUGGAUCCGCUGAGCGAGCAAAUUUUGAAUCCACAACUAUGCGAAUUUGUGCGCACUGCCAUACCGCAUAAGCAAAUUAUAAUAGUAAUUAACAAGGUGGACCUUGUAGACGAUGGCACUGUGACCAAGAUAAAAAAGUACCUGCAGACUUCUUUCGAAGAGCAGUUUGUGAUCACUUCCACUUCCUGUAAUACAUUGGAAGGCAUUGACUAUUUAGUCGCUCAGUUGUCGCAACGCUUCGAAACAUUGUCGGAAACGACCCAAGAUAGCGACCCGAUAACUGUCUCAAAGCGAGUCCAGGAAAUACUUACCAACGACAUAUUGUUCGGCAUAGACGAAUUUUUGAGGACUUGUGAGUCUGGUGACGUGGUCAUGGCUUCGGAAAACCUCAACUACGCUGCUGAAGGCAUUGGGAAAAUAACUGGAGAAACAGUCGGUAUAGAAGAAGUCCUGGGCAUUGUGUUUUCUCGGUUCUGUGUGGGUAAAUAA